AUGCUUUGCAUCCAACUCAUAAGCUUGCCAGCUGAUUUGUUUGCUUUCCCCAGACCAUAUUGGCAAUGCUAUUUUCCAAAUACUCAAGCAAUAAUAUAUGUAGUCGAUUCCAGCGAUACUGAUAGGCUAGGAAUUGCUAAGGAGGAGUUUCAUGCAAUCUUGGAGGAGGAAGAGUUAAAAGGUGCUGUUGGUCUCAUUUUUGCAAACAAGCAGGAUCUUCCUGGUGCACUUGAUGAUGCUGCGGUAACAGAUGCCUUGGAGUUGCACAAGAUUAAGAACCGCCAGUGGGCAAUUUUUAAAACCUCUGCCAUAAAAGGAGAAGGUCUAUUUGAGGGCUUGGACUGGUUGAGUAAUACACUCAAGUCUGGAGGUGGCUAAUUUUUGGAGAAGAAACAGAGUUUGCUGCUGUAUAGCAAAAACUGAACAACAAAGGAUGUGAUUAUUUCUUGUUAGUGUUUGUGAUAGAGGUUCAGUCAUGGGUGCGUCUUUUGGUCUUCAAUGAUUUUGGGAGCAAACUGAUGAUAGAACGUUAAAUCUUCGCCACAGAUAAUGAAUAUUAAGGUAUACUAUGAUGAAGUACUUUGGUUGGCUAUACCAUAAGAGCAUAUUGGACUAUAAUCAUUUCCACUGAAUUGGAUAGUUAGGCUUAGUGGAAGAUCAAAUUCCAGAUCACAGCUGAUCUGUUUAAAAGACCAUAUGAUUAGUUGCAUUCUACUGGUGCUAUUCUAUGAAGUGAUUUGUUUGUAAAUGACCUCACCUUUCUUUUCUAGUAUAUGUACCUAGUUGUUAUUGAGCUUCUUUCAGUGUAAUUGCUAACGGGUAAUCGUCUCAACCACACUUUUUGGGGUUCAUGACUGUAAUACACACUAAAGAUGCAAGCAAUCACCUGCCAGUCACACCAACUUGUGCAGAUUGAACUCCUUCAGUACCAUGGGCAACUGGCAGUUAAAAACUUCACCAUUACUUGGAUAAUAGGCUUGGCUUGAUGCUCUGAAGUACAGUUAGAUGUGCCUAACAAUGAAUAUUGCUUUUGCUGUUAGCUGAUCAACAGUUUUUAUUAUGUUAUCUCGUUUGUUUGUGAGGUUUGUGACAUUUUUUUUUGGUAAGGUGUUUAUGAAAUAUCAUUUUUGUUCGUGAGAAUUUUUUUGCCAUGCUUCACCUGCCAUUGCUUUCUGGGAUAUGACAAUGAAAG